AGCUAGUGCCACCCUCACAGAUGCCCACUCCGUCACGGUUGCACCUUCCAACAUAGUAUCCACGCACACACACACAGAGACACAGAGACCUCCCUGCCCCCGCCCUCCUCCCCAAAAAAACGAAAACAAAAACACCUUCUUUCAACUUGAUUACGACGUUUCCCAUGUGUAUUUCUGCUGAAGUGACGAUGAUCUCCUUGUACCCUGACCUAAUUACCCAUCAUCGUCCGCAAGCACCCCCUGCUCCGAUCUUCAGACCCCAAUGCUAGGGUUUUACUAGGGGUUUUCCUUUAUCUAUUCAUCUUUCGUUGUCCUUUAAUUUUGCGGUUUUUGAAGUUGAUGUUUUGCUCUUCAAUUGCUAGGUGAAUUAUUAAUAAUUUAUAGGUCCAAAAUUCGGUGAAUUAUGGGGUAUCUGGAAGGCGAUUGGCACGACGUGAUCGAUGUGGAUUCAGGGGAUGAUGAUGAUGACUUUUACGGUGGCGGCAACAGCGACACCCCCAUGUCGUCCAUGGACAGUGACGAAGACUGCGGGUUCAACUCUGAUUCGGCACCGGAUUACGACUUCAUCAGUAACGACUCCGAUGAUCUCCUACACAGUCCGCAAAGCCAGAAGAAUUAUACCAUCUUGAAGGAGGAAGACAUACGAUGUCGUCAAGAGGAUGACAUCACUAAGGUAUCCACUGUUCUCUCUGUAUCCAGAGAAGUAGCAAGCCUACUGCUACGCCGUUAUAAUUGGAGUGUGAGCACUGUGCACGAAGAGUGGUUCUCAGACGAAGAAAGGGUCCGCAAGGCUGUUGGCUUGUUGGAGGAGCCGAUCGUUCAAUUUUCAGCCGAUGAGGAGGUAACCUGUGGGAUUUGUUUUGAUAGCUAUUCGUUCUGUGAGAUCAGAGCUGCUGCAUGUGGGCAUCCUUUCUGUCGUGCAUGUUGGCAAGGGUAUAUAAAUAACGCCAUUAACGAUGGCCCUGGUUGCGUGACUUUAAGGUGUCCUGACCCUUCUUGCAAUGCAGCUGUAGGUCAAAAUAUGAUUGAUGAUUUGGUUACCCGUGAAUUUAAGGAGAAGUACCGCAGGUACCUUGUUCGAUCUUACAUAGAGGAUAAUAGGAAAAUUAAGUGGUGUCCUGGUCCAGAGUGUGAGUGUGCGGUUGAAUUUGUGGUUGGGAGUGGCAACCAUGAUGUUACUUGCAAUUGCUCGUACGGAUUUUGUUGGAAUUGUACUGAGGAUGCCCAUCGCCCCGUGGAUUGUGAGACUGUGGCCAAGUGGAUCUUGAAAAACAAUGCAGAGUCCGAGAACACUAACUGGAUUUUGGCUUACACCAAGCCUUGUCCAAAAUGCAAGAGACCAAUUGAGAAGAACCAUGGCUGUAUGCAUAUGACUUGCAGGUCGCCUUGUGGGUUUGAGUUUUGCUGGCUGUGUCUCGGUUCAUGGAGAGAACAUGGUAGGGGAACAGGUGGCUAUGCUUGUAACGGUUUCAGCGUGACCAAGAAAGAAGGAGCAGUUGAUGAGACUGAAAGGAGGAGGGAAAUGGCCAGGAAAUCUUUGGAGAGAUAUACACAUUAUUACGAGCGGUGGGCUGCCAACCAAAAGUCAAGGCUAAAAGCUUUAACAGAUUUGCACCAAAUGCAAACUAACCAUCUUGUGAGGCUAAGUGAAAUACAGUGCCAACCCGAGACGCAGUUGAAGUUCAUUACUGAUGCUUGGCUUCAGAUAGUGGAAUGUAGGAGAGUGCUAAAGUGGACAUAUGCUUAUGGAUACUACCUACCCGAGAAUUUGGACACCAAAAGGCGGUUUUUUGAGUACUUGCAAGGUGAGGCAGAGGUUGGCUUGGAAAGGCUUCAUCAGUGUGCAGAGAAGGAAUUGGAGACUUACCUCAAAGCAGAAAAACCUUCUGAUGAUUUCAAUGAUUUUCGUACAAAGUUAACAGGUUUGACGGCUGUGACAAGAAAUUACUUUGAGAACUUGGUUAGAGCAUUAGAGAAUGGCCUCGCUGAUGUGGAUUCAGUAGGAACUUGUAGCAAGACAAGCUCAAAAGGUGCAGCUGGGAGCAGUAAACAGAAAGGGAACGGGAAGCGCAAGGAAGGGACAAAACAUGACAGGUCGGGGAAGCAGAAGGUGCGAAAUUCAGGCAGUUGAGAGUGCGUGAAUGCUUUCUUCCAGAUGUUGGUCCAAUAACCAUGUAUGCAACUCUACUCUCAUUGAAAUGGCCACUUCACUGGCCUUGUUAAUCUUUAGGGUAGUGGGUUCCUGAUGAUAGACAAAGUUUGGAGAUGUAAGGAAUAAAAGUAGUUAAAAAAGAAAGAAACAGUCACAUUUAGUAUUGGCUCGUGUCCGUGUGGAGGAGAACUCUCCUAGGUUUCUGUUUCAGUAGAUGGUUUUUUUAAGGUACUUUUGUCUUUGGUAGAACUUAAAUCAUAUCAGUCUCUCUAUUUAUGUAUGUAUUGCUAAUUUGCUUAUGUUGCUCUUAUCGUUCGCUUGUGUAUUAGAUAGUUACAGAUCCAUGAACUUUUGCCCAGGAAUUGAAAAGUAAAGUUCAUGAUA